AUGGUGUGGCUGAAGCCGGUCUCCCAUGGUGUCGAACUUGAUCGACAAGUACCAAGGCAUGCAGGUCAGAAACGAAAGUCUUGCGAAGAGAAGAAGGAUGUGCUUCGCUGUGCUGUCUGUCUCUUAGAGUUUGAGCUGCUCCCGAAUGAACCGGCCGGCCGGACCAACCCGCUGAAGACGAGGCUGAGGCUCCAGUCCGCCUUCCCUGAAUAUGCCCCACAGCGUCUCGGUCGCGUACAGUCGGCCCCUGUAACUUCCGCGUCCCGCGACGACUUGACAUGGAAAUGUGUUGAUUCGACAUCUGGCAAGAAAUGCGACAAUCAACAACUAGCAAUGCCGACAUCAUCACAACCUCCAGUCGCGGCUGAAGCUGGAGUCCGGAAUGAUGAGAAGACUGGAGGUACGAUAUCAGACGAGGCGCCUGCCAAUGCAGUGAGCAUCGCGUCGAACAAGGAACCGCCCCCUGAAUCCGCAGAGAGCAUAAGGCUACGGACCUGGGUCAUCUUGUCGUUCUGGGCUACAAUUAUCUUUGUUGGUGUGCCAAUAUGGUGGAUGACGACGACGAUACACAGGGAGAAUCUGCCGCUAGAUCAGAUGAUGGACUGGGCUGAUGGGAGGGCAUGUCGACCAGUCUUCCCAUUAAGGAUAUCAAUUGAGGCAGAUUCUCUACAGGAUCAUGAAGCUCAACAUCUUCUGCGAACUACACAACAUGCGCUGGACGAUUUGAAUGAUUUCUCGGCGCAUCAUCUGCGACUUCAACUAUCCCCACCCGCGAACAAUUCUGUAGAGACGACAGGAGUGUCCAAGGGAACAGAUGAGGAAGUGGCAUUGACUAUUCGACUUCUUCCAGGUGCAAGUACAGAGGCAGAUCUACAAUCUUAUGCUCCCAUCCUCGAUAUACAAUAUACCCCGAAUCAGAUCCCGUCCAGCUCUUCAUCUUCUUCCUCACUAGGAAAUUAUAUUGCCAAUACCCUCAGAGGGCUUUUCGCCGAGGAGCAAGCAAUGAUCGCAUACCUUCUCUCCACAAGUUCUGCUCCACCAGAGCGAAGUCCCAAGGCAUUGGCUCCGGAAGUAGCAGAGUCUCUGGCAAAGUGGACAACCAGAUCCAUGAAGUACUCACGAACCUACCAUCUCACAUUCUCGCUCUUCACCCCUACCGCAGUCCCUUCGUCAUGGGAUAUCGAAGCAGCACUGGAAGAACACAUGAAACCCUUGCUAGAAAGCUUCUCCGCAAUCAGUAACUUCACAAUCGACACUCAAGUCCAGCUCUACGCAACACCCGGCGUAAGCGGCAAUGUCCUCAAGAAAGAAGAUCUCAGCGGCUUCAUCAACGCAGCCGAAUGGCCUCUAAGCCCUAGCAUCGGCGGCGCCCCAACAGUAAACUUCAUCGUCUACAUAGGCGACAUGGAAGUCGAAGGUGGAGGCAAGAGUUGGCUAAUCCCGCAAUGGGGCGGCGUAGUCAUCCAAUCCGACAUCUCAGAUCUCCGACCAGCGAUGCUCAUCUUUUCCAACCAACUCAUGUCCCUUCUCGGAGCCCCAGAAACAGGCUCCCUCCCUCUUCGCCUCAUGACGCUCGUCCGCGUCCGUAGCGCUGGUCUCCUCCUCAAAGCUAGCGGCACUAUGGGCAGUCUCGCACGUCUCACGCUCGCAUUACCCAGUAUCAGUAUUCCUCGCAGCGUAGCAGACGGUGUAUACACCACCAUCGAGCAUCUACGCAAAGCAUGUGAUGGACUUGGUGGGAAGGAAGGGUUGGAGAAUGCCAGGAUUGCGGAAGAAGCUGCUGAGAAGGCAUUCUUUGAGAAGAGUAUGGUCGGGCAGGUGUAUUUCCCUGACGAGCAUAAAGUGGCUGUUUAUAUGCCGCUCCUGGGACCCAUUGCUGUCCCCCUGGUGAUGGGUGCUAUGAAGGAUAUUAAGGCGUGGAAUAAACGGAGGAGAGGUGUAAGGUGAUAUCCAGAGAGAAAUGAAAUCUACAUUUGGCAUCUUUUUGUAUCUGUUUUUGCGUGAGUUUUGGCUUGUUCCUGUCUACGUCACUAUUGCUGCCGGGCCAGGACUAUGGGAG